AAUGGGAUUGUAUGGUGGUGGUCUGUAUGAUGUAUCGUCCGAUUCAAUCCCUGUUCUUAUGGUGGCAAUCGUGGCUAACUGCGUGAGAUACCUGAGAUCCUUGUUUAUUUGGUUACUUCAAUCGGUGGGGUUAUCGAGAUUGGACGUGGUGGAUGAGGUCGGUGAUAGGUUGGUCGGUGGGGUGAGCUCUAGCUUGGCUGGACUAAUAAUCUUGGGUGAACAACUAAAGGCCAAUCGGGUCUUUUCCUACUGUGUGAGCGAGAAAGAUGGAGGCGGCGCCUGCGGUGGCGGUGGCGGUGACGGUGACGGUGACGGUGGAUUUGAUACGGAUUGCAUGGUGUGCUUGUGUAAGUUCACAAAAGGGGAGCAGGUUAGGAGGUUGGAAUGUCGUCAUCUGUUUCAUAAGGAGUGUUUGGAUGGGUGGUUCGAUCAAUUCCACUGGAGAUGUCCUCUCUGUCGCUCCCCCUUGGUCUCCGAUGAACGUCUCGCCGCUACCGAGAACCGUGUCACCAGGGAUCUCAUCACGUGGUUUAGAAUGCAAUGAUCAGAUGAUC